AUGGGCUGGGGCUGGGGCUGGGGCCGGGCGCUGCGGCGCGGGGCGGCGGCGGCGGCGGCGGGAGCGGGAAGGAGCAUGUGCGCCCAGGCGGACGACUGGCGCUCGGCCAAGGCCAUCUACGACUUCCACGCCCGGGACAUCGACGGCAACGAUGUGGCCCUGGAGAAGUACAGGGGCUCCGUGUGCAUCAUCACCAACGUAGCCUCCAAAUGAGGGAAAACCGCCGUGAACUACACUCAGCUGGUCGACCUGCACGCCCGCUACGCUGAGAGGGGUUUACGCAUCCUGGGCUUUCCCUGCAACCAGUUCGGGAAGCAGGAGCCCGGGGACAACGCACAGAUUAAGGCAUUUGCUGAGAACUACGGAGUGAAGUUCGACAUGUUCAGCAAGAUCGAUGUCAACGGGGACGAUGCCCACCCCCUGUGGAAGUGGAUGAAGGAGCAGCCCAAGGGAAGAGGCACCCUGGGCAACGCCAUAAAGUGGAACUUCACUAAGUUCCUCAUCAACCGGGAGGGCCAAGUGGUGAAGAGAUACAGCCCAAUGGAGGAUCCCUACGUCAUCGAGAAGGACCUGCCCGCCUACCUCUAGACCUGCUCAUCUCACCUGCACUGUCUCAUGUGCCCAGCACUGACCCUCCUGCUCCCUGGGGACUCUUCUCACCCAGCACGAAUGACGGUCUGUCUUCAAGCCAGCUUGCUGGUGAGGCAGACCUGAAGAUUUGGCGUGCACCUGCUGGAAGAAGGCUUCACAGGGCCAGUGGCCUGUGCUGGGCAGCCCUUUCCUGUAGGCACAAAGCAGCACCUGAUGUCCCCUUGCAAUAAAUGUAUUAGAAAUGA